AUUGGGAAGUCGCAGGAGCCGGGUGCUGUGGGGGAGUAUCCAAUUCACCGCAUAGCGGCGCGUUCCGGGGCACAUCUCAGCGGUAACAUCUGAUUCCAACACGUCUCUGAAAAGCUGCGUUUGAUUUAAACCUCAUAGCGGACAGGAGACGUGUCGACGGGGAAGGUAGCAUUCGCAUGACAGUCAGAACGCUGAAAGACAACUCGAAUAUGAAGAAUUCUGUCUGGAGCGCUUGUUAACGGUACGUGACAUCCACAUUAUUUCGCAGCCACAAAUUCAACUAAGUUACCAGGCAGGGAAAGCUAUUUGUGUUGUCAUAUCACGGAAUCCUAUAUAUGAUAUGAUACAUUUGGAAUGAUAUUCGUGAGAUAUUUUACAUACUGAACCAAACAAACUCAAGAAGCCCCCUGGUUUUUCCAUUAGUUCCAGCUGUGCGCACGUAAUUGUGGGAAGUCGCUAUUUUGCUUGCUGAAAAUGUACCUCGGCUGAGUAACGGAUCCCCCUGUUGUCUUACUUGUUGAAUAUAAGGCUAGAACGACGUUCAAAUCAUACUUUGGCCACCUUGGAUGUUAAUCCAUCAUGGUUAACCCUCCUUUGUAGGCCUACGAAGAGAAUAAUUGUCCUCUUGCGCAACCAGAUGUAUUCCAAUAGUCUACUGCUAUUCAUGACUGCAUCUUUGAGUUUAUAAAACACAAUACAUAUAGCUAUCUUUAUCCCUAGUAGAUGGUAAUUGUUUGCCUGUAGUCUUUGUCUGUAGUCAAGGCCACUGCCUGUACCUACAGUGGGCCUAUAGGCUGUAGUGGUAUUUCACCAUCCUAUUGAGUCUGUGUGAUUUAAUCCCCUGAUCUUCUCCAGAUGUGCUGAAUAGAACUUCACCUCUCUCUCGCUCUCUGCAUCAAUUCUGCUGACUUAGUGAAAAAACACUAUGGAUUCAGAUUCAGUCUAUGCAUUUGAGCAAGAUGGCCAAUGGUUAUAAGGUGACCAUCCUGUUUUUGGAAAGUUGAUCCACUGUCAGCUUUCAAAUGCCUUAUAGCUAUUUGUAAUGCGUCGGGUCCUUCUCUCACUUCUAAAGCUGUGGAAAUGCCAAUGGUUUUUGUCUGUUCUUAGACAGGGGCCAGUCUUUUAAUGCAGUGUGUCAGCCAGGUUAGUUAACAUGCUGACACUGAAGUUGUUUUUUUAUUAGCGUUUUCUAUAGUCGCUGACACCACCACUUACUGGGGCAAAGUCACCUGGACUGUCACUCCAUGGUAGUUACUGAACAGCUAAGGUCAUGUGGGUCACGUCACCACCCCUAAGCUAUUUCAGUUUUAACCCUUCCUGGCUGACAGUAUCCCAAAUCGUCCUCUUCUCACCCAUUACUGGAGGUCCUUUGACUUGUCUCACACACAGACACACACACAGAGAGAGAGAGAGAGAGACACACAGAUAGAGAAAGAGACACACACAGAGAGACACCAGUGUUUUCCCUAUAUUCAUUUAACAGCAGCAGGCCGCCUUAUAAUUACUUUUAUUUAUUAUCGUUGUUGAAGAUUUUGUUAUGUUCCUCUGUAGCUCAAUUGGUAGAGCAUGGUGCUUGUAACGCCAGGGUAGUGGGUUCGAUCCCCGGGACCACCCAUACGUAAACAUUUAUGCGCACAUGACUGUAAGUCGCUUUGGAUAAAAGCGUCUGCUAAAUGGCUUAUUAUUAUUAUUAUUAUUAUUAUUAUUAUUAUUAUAAUGUUUGAGUCACUCAGAUCGCAUAAGAGCACGGCAUAAGCGAUGGUAUGUGUAGAAUUGCAGGAAAUUAGCUUUUUAAAACUGUACAUUUUUCUCUCCGCCCCUUUCCAAAAUGUGUAGAAUUGCAGGAAAUUGGCUUUAAAACAGCAUAAUUGUCUCUGCGGCCAAGAGGAUUGCCUCUAAAAUGUUCAGUCUGAGACCACGGAUCCUAUCACACCACCACACUAACUUUGCCACCACUGCUGAAUAAAAUCUUAGGGGUCACCACAGAUGAUCCAAUCAGUCAUGCGGCGCCAUCUGGGAUGUGAUUGGUAGUGUAACCCUUAUUGCUUCAUGUUAUCAAAUAACUCAUCAUUUAUUAGGAACCUAGGCCUAAUUGUCUUCUCUGUGAUAGAGGCCUCCUAAACACCCAUGUAAAGAGUGAGAAUACUUGCACUCAGUAACAGAUGGGACCAAAGAUUACGUAAGUCUUUAAGCAGUGAUUCAAUCAAACCCUGCUAUCACCGAAUGCUUCAGCUAUCAUGACAUGACCGGAAAACUCUUCUGGACGCUGCUGUUGUAGACCUUAAAAACGGUAGCUCUGCAAAGCAUGUCAUCUGACUUUGAAACUCAAAUUGCUUUGGAAGAGCUGCAUACUUCUCAUAGUGGAAGUUUAAGUGUUAUCACGGUUAAAGGUGAUAUUGCUGACACACAGCUCUGAUGCACUAAAUGGCCCCAAGCUCUUCUCUUAUCUUGUUCCUGACACUGUUUCCCCUCUAGGGAUGUAAUAUAAUAUGCACGUGUACACACACACACACACACACACACACACACACACACACACACACUGAUAGAUGUGUUUUAUCUCUAUGGUUUCCCUCUUGGGGUGGAAUAGAAUAUGGACUAGCCCAGUCACUUUCAACAGCUUGAGGACAACCGAGACUGAGGAGAGUCAUUAGAUAAUCGCUUUAUUAAUGGCACAACCUAGAGCUUUUCACCCUACUGAGCCAAACUGAGCGUAGCCAAAGCAACGUGUACUGGACUGGCCAGGUUAUGUAUCCACCAUAGUUGCAGGAACCGUACUGAAGGACAAUGUGAAAAGAGAAUAUCUGAGCCAGUGCGGUUAGGGUCGGCAAAGUAGUGUGAAAGAUGGUACUAAAGGAAAAGCCUAUAGUCACUAUCGUUUAAACAGGUCAAUCUCUUUGACAGCUUCCAGUCUCUAUCACUGUAGUUUUAAUGUUAUUGUGAUUAACCGUCAUCAGGGUAGAGCUCAGGAUGGACUUUACCUGAUGAGAGUUGGGUUAAUGUUAACUACUCUUCAGCAGUCACUAACUGUGCUUUGGGUUUUACAAGUGCCUCUAGACUGUCAGCUUUCUACUUGUUUUCAGGAAAUGGACUGUUUUUAUGAGUAACCCACUAGACUGGCACAGUGAGUGAGUGAGUGAGAGAGAGAACUACAAGAGGCCUCUAUGUAAAGGGAAGGGAAUUCAACUUGAGCUGUGUCAAACAGGAGGUUCUUGGCCUUUAAUGUCUCCCUAUUCCAGAGUGACGUUUGUUGAAAGAAAGAGUUUAGCCGGCCUAUGGGCUCCUGCCUCCGUCACAUUCUUGGACAUUAGACAUACACUGAGUGUACCAAACAUUAGGAACAACUUCUUAAUAUUUGCCCUCAGAACGGCCUUCAUUCGUCGAGGCAAGCGUUCCACGGGGAUGCUGGCCCAUGUUGACUCCAAUGCUUCCCACAGUUGUCAAGUUUGCUGGAUGUCCUUUGGGUGGUGGACCAUUCUUGAUACACAUGGGAAACUGUUGAGUGUGAAAAACCCAGCAGCGUUGAAGUUCUUGACACAAACUGGUGCUCCUGGUACCUACUACCAUACCCUGUUCAAAGGCAUUUAAAUAUUUUGUUGUGCCCAUUCAGCCUCUAAAUGACACAUAUACACAAUCCAUGUCUCAAUUGUCUCAAGGCUUAAAAAUGAUUCUUUAACCUGUCUCCUCCCCUUCAUCUACACUGAUUUGAAGUGGCUUUAACAAGUGACCUCAAUAAGGGAUCGUAGCUUUCACCUGGAUUCACCUUGUCAGUCUGUCAUGGAAAGAGCACUUGUUCUUAAUGUUUUGUAUACUCAGUGACAUUGUCAAUAAGUUGUUUGCACGUUGGUCUAUUAUGAUGAUUCCCAUCUGAGGUUUUAUAGGGUAGCACUGCAGUUGCUGAGGGUGAAUUGCGAGCUGUACUGUCAUGUUGAUCUUAGCUGUGUGUUAUUAAGAGAUUACUGGAGCGUGUAGCUCAGUUGGUAGAGCAUGGUGUUUGCAACGCCAGGGUUGUGGGUUCGAUUCCCACGGGAGGCCAGUAUGGAAAAAAAAAAAAAUGUAUGCACUCACUAACUGUAAGUCACUCUGGAUAAGCGCGUCUGCUAAAUUACUAAAAUGUAAAAAUGUAUAUGGUCAUCAUGGGGUCUGUCAGUUUUAACACCAACCAGCUAGCGUAAGAUUAACUUUUAAUAGCUCAACCUUUGGUCGCUCCCAAUCUUUGCUCUGCUCUGCCAGAGUGAGUCGUGGCUUAUUCAGCUUUUGAACUCCCAGCCUCUUGUCUAUGCUCGUCUCAGACCUGGACUGGUGGUGUUCAGGACAGGGCCUCUGUGACUGUGGGAAUCAGAUUACUGAUGGGACGCACUGUUCGAAACAGGAAGUGUGUGUCUGGCCAGUUGCACAGCUGUUUCUGAUGCCCUCCAGGUGUUCCUCUCUCUCACACACUCAGUAUUAAUUAAAGAGCCCACUGAGUUCAAUGGCAGUUUCCUCACCUGCGAUCAACCAUCAUGGCUAUCCACGUUUCACAGCAAGGCUACAACGUGGGUCAAAAUGGUGUGUGCUCCUUGUGCCUGGUUAGUAGGAACGAGGUAGUGGGGUCAUGGCUCCUGGUUGUUGAUCAUUAAAGUAAUAUUACUUUUUACGAUGCUCACAAAACCCUUAAGGGACAAUUUCAGGUAGCGCAAGCCAGCAAAAGCUGUUGGUCUUUAAAAAUGUUUAGAGCUGUAAUGUCUUUGUUCUGUUAUCAUUCUGCAUUUAUCACCAAAAUGUUUUGGUAUUUCACCUUUAAUUUUCAGAAAGCUUAACAUUGGAGUGUCAUUGCAUUAUAUUUCUGUCACACUCCUUCCUCUCUCCCUCCUCCAGGCACAUAACUGAGCAUGUGCAAGUGCUGAGGCUCUUUGCUGAGUUGACCCCACCCCCUCCCCCGGCCUGAACGAGGAGCGACCGGAGCUGCUGCCUCGUCAGGUUUACCCCCCCUGUCCUGUCUGCCUGUCCCGACUCCCGUAAGGCUGGUCCCCCAACCCACCAUGUCUACAGAAGUGGAAAGCAGUGUACCUGUCGUCCCGGCCGACCACUCCAGCCCUCCUGCCCCCCCCACAUCCUCCACAACCAGCCUCCCCACCACCCCUUCCACAGCACCAGCCAAGACCCCCUUCAAGAAAGAGAAGAAGAAAGGUACUGUAUGUAAGGGCCACUCCCUCUCUCCCCACAUGUGAGGGAUUUGGUGUUAUAGGCUGAACUGCCUUUUUCUGUGACGUCAGACUUGACCUUUGGUCUAGUUUUACAUAUUUUGAUUUCCAUGCGUCUUGUGGUGUGAUGGUCGAGGCUAUGUAAUAAAAUAAAUACAGAAGAAUUGUAGAGGGCAUGCUCAACCGGACAGAAAGUGAAAAUCAAUCUGUUUUCUCUCCUGCUCUCAUCCCUCCGUCCAGCUCCAGAGAAGACUGAUGAGUACCUGUUGUCCCGGUUCCAGGGUGACGGUGUGAGGUACAGGGCCAAGCUGAUUGGCAUUGAUGAUGUCCCAGAGGCCCGAGGGGACAAGAUGAGCCAGGAUUCCAUGAUGAAACUCAAGGUACCACGUCUGAUGCAAAUGCUACAGUACACGUACUGGUAUGCAUAUACACUCAGGGGCCAGUUUAUUAGGUACACCCAUCCAGUGCCGGGUCGGAGUCCUGUUUGCCUCCAGAACAGUCUGAAUUCUUCGGGACAUGGAAACGUUGCUCAGUUGGUAUCAAGGGACCUAACGUGUGCCAAGAAAACAUUCCCCACACCAUUACACCACCGCCACCUGCCUGUACCAUUGACACCAGGCAGGGUUGGGCCAUGGCUGCUUAUGCCAAAUCUGACUCUGCCAUCGGCAUGACGCAACAGGAACCGGGAUUUGUCGGACCAGGCAACGUUUUUCCACUCCUCAAUUGUCCAGUGUUGGUGAUCGCGUGCCCACUGGAGCUGCUUCUUGUUUUUAGCUGAUAGGAGUGGAACCCGGUGUGGUCGUCUGCUGCAAUAGCCUAUCUGUGACAGACUGACGAGUUGUGCAUUCCGAAAUGCCCUUCUGCACACCACUGUUGUACUGAGCUGAGUUUGUGGCCCGCCUGUUAGCUGAGCUGAGUUUGUGGCCUGCCUGUUAGCUUGCACGAUUCUUGCCAAUCUCCUCCAACCUCUCAUCAACAAGCUGUUUUUGGCCACAGGACUGCCGCUGACUGGAUGUUUUUUGUUUGUCGCAUCAUUCUCAGUAAACCCUAGACAUUGUCGUGCAUGAAAAGCCCAGGAGGUUGGCUGUUUCUGAGAUACUGGAACCGGCGCGCCUGGCACCGACGAUCAUGCCACGCUCAGUCGCUUAGGUCACUCAUUUUGCCCAUUCUAACGUUCAAUCGAACAGUAACUGAUAUAACAAGCCAAGGCCACGUGACUCACUGUCUGUAGGAGCGACCCAUUUUCGUGAAUGGGGUAGUGUACCUAAUAAACUGGCCACAAACUGGCCAACUUGCCUUCCUCACCCAUCUACACACAAUUCCCCGUAAUGACAGCGAAAACAUGUUUUUAGAAUUCUUUGCAAAUGUAUUGAAAAUGAAAUUGAGAAAUAUCUCAUUUACAUACAAUACCAGUCAAAAGUUUGGACACCUACUCAUUCAAGGGUUUUUCUUUAUUUUUAAUAUUUUCUACAUUGUAAAAUAAUAGUGAAGACUUAAACUAUGAAAUGACGCAUAUGGAAUCAUGUAGUAACCAAAAAAGUGUUAAACAAAUCAAAAUAUAUUUGAGAUUCUUCAAAUAGCCGCCCUUUGCCUUGAUGACAGCUUUGCACACUCUUUGCAUUUGAUUUGUUUAACACUUUUUUGGUUACUACAUGAUUCCAUAUGUGUCAUUUCAUAGUUUUGAAAUCUUCACUAUUACUCUACAAUGUCAAAUAUAAUACAAAUAAAGAAAAACCCUUGAAUGAGUAGGCGUGUCCAAACAUUUCACUGGUAGUGUAAGUAUGUUAGAAUCACCUUUGGCAGCAAUUACAGCUGUGAAUAUUUCUGGGUAAGUCUCUAAGAGCUUUCCACACCUGGAUUGUGCAACAUUUGCCCAUUUAUGCUUUUCAAAAUUCUUCAAGCUCUGUCAAAUAGGUUGUUGAUCAUUGCCCCACAACCAUUUUCAAGUCUUUCCAUAGAUUAUCAAGCAGAUUUAAGUCAAAACUGUAACUCGGCCACUCAGGAACAUUCACUGUCUUCUUUGUAAGCAACUCCAGUGUAGAUUUGGCCGUGUUUUAGGUUAUUGUCCUGCUGAAAGGUGAAUGCAUCGCCCAACGCCCAGACUGAACCAUGUUUUCCUCUAGGAUUUUGCCUGUGCUUAGCUCCAUUCCAUUUUUAUCCUGAAAAACUCCUCAGUCCUUAACAAUUACAAGCAUACCCAUAACAUGAUGCAGCCACCACCAUGGAGAGUGGUACUGAGUAAUGUGUUGUAUUGGAUUUGCCCCUAACCUAACACUUUGCAUUCAGGACAAAAAGUGAAUUGCGUUGCCAUAUUAUUUGCAGUAUUACUUUAGUGCCUUGUUGCAACAUGAUGCAUGUUUUGGAAUAUUCUUAUUAUGUACAGGCUCCCUUCUUUUCACUCUGUCAAUUACAUCAGUAUUGUGGAGUAACUACAAUGUUGUUGAUCCAUUCUCAGUUUUCUCCUAUCACAGCCAUUAAACUCUGUAACUGUUUUAAAGUCACCAUUGUCCUCAUGUUGAAAUCCCUGAGUGGUUUCCUUCCUCUCCGGGAAAGAUGCCUGUACAGUGCAUUCGGAAAGUAUUCAGUCCCCUUGACCUUUUCCACAUUUUGUUACGUUACGGCCAUAUUCUAAAACAGAUUUAUUUUUUUAUUCUCAUCAAUCUACACAAUACCCCAUAAUGACAAAGCAAAAACAGGUUUAGACAUUUUUGCAAAUGUAUUACAAAUAAAAACUGAAAUCACAUUACAUAAGUAUUCAGAUCCUUUACUCAGUACUUUGUUGAAGUCCCUUUGGCAGCGAUUACAGCCUUGAGUCUUCUUGGGUAUGAUGCUACAAGCUUGGCACACUUGUAUUUGGGGAGUUUCUCCCAUUCUUCUCUGCAGAUCCUCUCAAGCUCUGUCAGGUUGGAUAGGGAGUGUCGCUGCACAGCUGUUUUCAGGUCUCUCCAGAGAUGUUGGAUCAGGUUCAAGUUCGGGCUCUGGUUGGGCCACUCAAGGACAUUCAGAGACUCGUCACGAAGCUAGUCCUGCGUACUCUUGGCUGUGUGCUUAGGGUCGUUGUCCUGUUGGAAGGUGAACCUUCGCCCCAGUCUGAGGCCAUGAGCGCUCUGGAGCAGGUUUUCAUCUAGGAUCUCUCUGUACUUUGCUCCAUUCAUCUUUCCCUCCAUCCUGACUAGUCUCCCAGUCCCUGCCGCUAAAUAACAUCCCCACAGCAUGAUGCUGCCACCACCAUGCUUCGCAGUAGGGAUGGUGCCAGGUUUCCUCAAGACGUGACGCUUGGCAUUAAGGCCAAAGAGUUCAAUCUUGGUUUCAUCAUACCAGAUAAUCUUGUUUCUCAUGGUCUGAGUCCUUUAGGUGCCUUUUGGCAAAUGCCAAGCAGGCUGUCAGGUGCCUUUUUACUGAGGAGUGACUUCAGUCUGGCCACUCUACCGUAAAGGCCUGAUUGGUGGAGUGCUGCAGAGAUGGUUGUCCUUCUGGAAGGUUCUCCCAUCUCCACAGAGGAACUCUGGAGCUCUGUCAGAGUGACCAUCGGGUUCUUGGUCACCUCCCUGACCAAGGCCCUUCUCCCCCGAUUGCUCAGUUUGGCUGGGCGGCCAGCUCUAGGAAGAGUCUUGGUGGUUCCAAACUUCUUCCAUUUAAGAAUGAUGGAGGCCACUGUGUUCUUGGGGACCUUCAAUGCUGCAGACAUUUUUGGUACCCUUCCCCAGAUCUGUGCCUCUGCACAAUCCUGUCUCGGAGCUCUAAGUAUAAUUCCUCGACCUCAUGGCUCGUUUUUGCUCUGACAUCCACUGUCAACUGUGGGACUGUAUAUGGACAGAUGGGUGCCUUUCCAAAUCAUGUCAAAUCAAUUGAAUUUACCACAGGGGGACUCCAAUCAAGUUGUAGAAACAUCUCAAGGAUCAUCAAUGGAAACUGGAUGCAUCUGAGCUUAAUUUCGAGUCUCAUAGCAAAGGGUCUGAAUACUUAUGUAAAUAAGUUAUUUCUGUGUUUUAAUUUUUUUAUACAUUUGCAAAGAAAUCUAAAAACCUGUUUUCGCUUUGUCAUUAUGGGGUAUUGUGUGUGGAUUGCUGAGGAUUUUUUAUUUAUUUAAUCCAUUUUAGAAUAAGGCUGUAACGUAACAAAGUGGAAAAAGGAAGGGAGUCUGAAUUCUUUCCGAAUGCACUGUAUCUUUGUAGUGAUUGGGUGUAUUGAUACACCAUCCAAAGUGUAAUUAAUAACGUCUCCAUGCUCAAAGGGCUUAUUCAAUGUCUGCUUUUUUAUUUUUACACAUCUACCAAUAGGUGCCCUUCUUUGCGAGACAUUGGAAAACCUCCCUGGUCUUUGUGUUAGUAUGUCAUUUUUUUGUGUGUGGUGUUUGUAAUGUAACUGUGUUUUGCUGUUGUGGCAGUAAUUCUUGUUUUUUUGCAGGGCAUGGCAAUAGCCUUUCGGUCCCAGGGCAAACACAAGCAGAGGAUCUGGGUCAACAUAUCCAUGUCGGGCAUCAAGAUCAUCAAUGAGAAAACAGGGGUGAGAACAACCCUUCUAUGGCUUUCUCCCGAGUGGCGCAGUGGUCUAAGUGCCACUAGAGAUCCUGGUUCGAAUCCAGGCUCUUUCGUAGCCGGCCGUGACCGGGAGACCCAUGGGGCGGCGCACAAUUGGCCCAGCGUCGUCUAGGGUAGGGGAGGGAAUGGCCGGCAGGGAUGUAGCUCAGUUGGUAGAGCAUGGCGUUGUGGGUUCGAUUCCCACGGGGGUAUGAAAAUAGAAAGAUAAUGUAUGCACUCACUAACUGUAAGUCGCUCUGGAUAAGAGUGUCUGCUAAAUGACUAAAAAGUAAUGUAAAAUGCUUUCUAAACCAUAGUUAAUUCCUCUGUUCCUCUUUCUAGACCAUGUCUCAGUGGCUGGGGAGUACCAACCUAAAAUAGAAUGAUCUAUUGUAGACAUCAUAGAGGAACAUUUUCAGAAUAAUAUGAACACAGCAGAUGAUCUCAAUCAAGAGUAGAUGCCAUGUAGGCCUCAGUUCAUGUUUAUAUUAUUAUGCUAAUCUAGACUAAACAGACUGUUCUCUCUGCUACUGCACGGCAAGCGGUACCAGAGCGCCAAGUCUAGAACCAAAAGGCUCUUUAACAGCUUCUACCCCCAAGCCAUAAGACUGCUGAACAAUUAAUCAAAUGGCCACCCGGACUAUUUACAUUGACCUCCCCCCCUUUGUUUUUACACUGCUGCUACUCGCUGUUUAUUAUCUAUGCAUAGUCACUUUACCCCUACCCACAUGUACAAAUUACCUUGACUAACCUGUACCCCCGCACAUUGACUCGGUACCGGUGCCCCCUGUAUAUAGCCUCGUUAUUGUUAUUUUGUGUUACUUUUUUAUUGUAUUUUACUUUUGUUUAUUUAAUAAAUAUUUUCUUAACUCUAUUUCUUGAACUGCGUUGUUGGUUAAGGGGCUUGUAAGUAAGCAUUUCACGGUAAGGUCUACACCUGUUGUAUUCGUCGCAUGUGGCAAAUAAAAUUGUAUUUGAUUUAAACUGUUUUAAAAGCUGUUUUCUCAUUUCCUCUCUCUCAGGUAAUAGAACACGAGCACAUAGUGAAUAGGAUCUCGUUCAUCGCCAGAGACGUAACAGAUAACAGGGCCUUUGGCUACGUGUGUGGGGCCGAGGGACAGCACCAGUUCUUCGCCAUAAAGACUGGCCAGCAGGUAACAGACACACAGGGACACACACGCAGACUGUUGCAAGUCUUUGAUUGUAUCUAUUGACUGUGUUUUUCCAUUAAUUUCCUCUCCAUAUAGGCAGAGCCCCUGGUCAUUGACUUGAAGGAUCUGUUCCAGGUCAUCUUCAACAUGAAGAAGAAAGAGUCUGAGUCCUCACAGAAGGUAAAUGACUAUGGUGGGAUCCGGGUUGUGUUCAGUAGGACACACUGUAGCAAAACAUUUUGCAACAGAAAACAAACUGUUCUAUGUGCUAAUAGUUCUUCCCUGCUUCAAUCAGUUGCAAAACUUGUUUUCUCCCUACUGAACAUAACCCUUUUUUUUUUUUAAGUGUUGUUUUUGGGGAGGUAGCAUUUAGGGUUUGCUGACUGGAUGGAGGUCAUGUGACUGAAGUUGUGCGAGGUCGACACUGCCCACUAGCGCUGUAUUACAGUCCUGCACCACAAACCAUGCAUUCAUUGUAUUGCAAUGAGAUGACUCAUUAUGGCACAAAUAUAUCACAAAUCUCAUCCAAUAAGUAAAUGGAGAACAUAUGACAUUCCUCCAAUGGAAUCAUCUUGUUUUUCCUCUUCGUCUAUCUGUUCAGGGUCAGUGCAAUAACACAACAAUUGAGGUAAGUGCCUGUGUAUUUGUCAUUCCACUAAUCACCUAUUUGUGAAUUUUUCUUUUUUAAGUGCCUGUGUAUGUUGAAUAAUAUAAGCUUGAUCUGAGAUGUAGGCUGUAGUAGUGCAUACUUGACCCCUUAUUGCUGUGUUUCAUUUAUAGAAUGGCAGCGAUUCCUUGCUCAGUAUCGAUGGCCAGGUGGGCACUGCCAAAGUAAGUGUUUCAGAUCAUGGAAUCAUACAUUCAAAGGGGUGCCAAGUGGAUGCAAAAGAGCAUUCUCCAAGACCACCUGUCUACUAGUAGACGUUCUGUGGUGUUGUGUUGAUCAAGACUGUUUUGUCACAUCUCUUUCUUUAUGACGCUGAUACUGUAUACAGUGAGGGGGGAAAAAAGUAUUUGAUCCCCUGCUGAUUUUGUACGUUUGCCCAAUGACAAAGACAUGAUCAGUCUAUAAUUUUAAUGGUAGGUUUAUUUGAACAGUGAGAGACAGAAUAACAACAAAAAAAUCCAGAAAAACGCAUGUCAAAAAUGUUACAUUGAUUUGCUUUUUAAUGAGGGAAAUAAGUAUUUGACCCCUCUGCAAAACAUGACUUGGUGGCAAAACCCUUGUUGGCAAUCAGAGGUCAGACGUUUCUUGUAGUUGGCCACCAGGUUUGCACACAUCUCAGGAGGGAUUUUGUCCCACUCCUCUUUGCAGAUCUUCUCCAAGUCAUUAAGGUUUCGAGCCUGAUGUUUGGCAACUCGAACCUUCAGCUCCCUCCACAGAUUUUCUAUGGGAUUAAGGUCUGGAGACUGGCUAGGCCACUCCAGGACCUUAAUGUGCUUCUUCUUGAGCCACUCCUUUGUUGCCUUGGCUGUGUGUUUUGGGUCAUUGUCAUGCUGGAAUACCCAUCCACGACCCAUUUUCAAUGCUCUGGCUGAGGGAAGGAGGUUGUCACCCAAGAUUUGACAGUACAUGGCCCCGUCUAUCGUCCCUUUGAUGCGGUGAAGUUGUCCUGUCCCCUUAGCAGAAAAACACCCCCAAAGCAUAAUGUUUCCACCUCCAUGUUUGACGGUGGGGAUGGUGUUCUUGGGGUCAUAGGCAGCAAUCCUCCUCCUCCAAACACAGCGAGUUGAGUUGAUGCCAAAGAGCUCAAUUUUGGUCUCAUCUGACCACAACACUUUCACCCAGUUCUCCUCUGAAUCAUUCAGAUGUUCAUUGGCAAACUUCAGACGGGCAUGUAUAUGUGCUUUCUUGAGCAGGGGGACCUUGCGGGCGCUGCAGGAUUUCAGUCCUUCACGGCGUAGUGUGUUACCAAUUGUUUUCUUGGUGACUAUGGUCCCAGCUGCCUUGAGAUCAUUGACAAGAUCCUCCCGUGUAGUUCUGGGCUGAUUCUUCACCGUUCUCAUGAUCAUUGCAACUCCACGAGGUGAGAUCUUGCAUGGAGCCCCAGGCCGAGGGAGAUUGACAGUCCUUUUGUGUUUCUUCCAUUUGCAAAUAAUCGCACCAACUGUCACCUUCUCACCAAGCUGCUUGGCGAUGGUCUUGUAGCCCAUUCCAACCUUGUGUAGGUCUACAAUCUUGUCCCUGACAUCCUUGGCGAGCUCUUUGGUCUUGGCCAUGUGGAGAGUUUGGAAUCUGAUUGAUUGAUUGCUUCUGUGGACAGGUGUCUUUUAUACAGGUAACAAGCUGAGACUCCCUUUAAGAGUGUGCUCCUAAUCAGCUUGUUACCUGUAUAAAAAACACCUGGGAGACAGAUGUUUCUGAUUGAGAGGGGUCAAAUACUUAUUUCCCUCAUUAAAAUGCAAAUCAAUUGAUAACGUUUUUGACAUGCGUUUUUCUGGAUUUUUUUGUUGUUAUUCUGUCUCUCACUGUUAAAAUAAACCUACCAUUACAAUUAUAGACUGAUCAUUUCUUUGUCAGUGGGCAAACGUACAAAAUCAGCAGGGGAUCAAAUACUUUUUUCCCUCACUGUAUAUCUUUAUGAUGCCAUAUAUAUCUUUAUGAAGCUGAUACUGGAUAUAUCUUUAUGAUGCUGGAUAGAUCUUUGAUGCUGAUACUGGAUAUACUGUGGCUUGUGAAAUUAUUCACCACCUUUAGCAUUUUUCCUAUUUUGUUGCCUUACAACCUGGAAUUAAAAUGGAUUUUUUUUUUGGGGGGGUUGUAUCAUUUGAUUUACACAACAUGGCUACCACUUUGAAGAUGCAAAAUAUGUUUUCUCCUGAAACAUACAAGAAAUAAGACCAAAUAAAAUAACUUGAGUGUGCAUAACUAUUCACCCCCCCCAAAGUCAAUAAAAAAUUUACUUUGUAGAGCCACCUUUUGCAGCAAUUACAGCUGCAAGUCUCUUGGGGUAUGUCUCUAUAAGCUUGGCACAUCUAGCCACUGGGAUUUUUGCCCAUCCUUCAAGGCAAAACUGCUCCAUCUCCUUCAGGUUAGAUGGUUUCCGCUGGUGUACAGCAAUCUUUAAGUCAUACCACAGGUUCUCAAUUGGAUUGAGGUCUGGGCUUUGACAAGGCCAUUCCAUGCCAUUUUAAAUGUUUCCCCUUAAACAAUUGUCCUGCUGGAAGGUGAACCUCCGUCCCAGUCUCAAAUCUCUGGAAGACUGAAACAGGUUUCCCUCAAUAAUUUCCCUGUAUUUAGCGCCAUCCAUCAAUCCUUCAAUUCUGACUAGUUUCCCAGUCCCUGCCGAUGGAAAAACAUCCCCACAGCAUGAUGCUGCCACCACCAUGCUUCACUGUGGGGAUGGUGUUCUCGGGGUGAUGAGGUGUUUGGUUUGCGCCAGACAUAACAUUCUCCUUGAUGGCCAAAAAGCUCAAUUUUAGUCUCAUCUGACCAGAGUACCUUCUUCCAUAUGUUUGGGGAGUCUCCCACAUGGCUUUUGGCGAACACCAAAUGUGUUUGCUUAUUUUUUUCUUCAAGCAAUGGCUUUUUUCUGGCCACUCUUGUGUAAAGCCCAGCUCUGUGGAGUGUACGGCUUAAAGUGGUCCUAUGGACAGAUACUCCAAUCUCCGCUGUGGAGCUUUGCAGCUCCUUCAGGGUUAUCUUUGGUGUCUUUGUUGCCUCUCUGUGUCACGAACGUCUACUAAGUGAGUGGACCAAGGCGCAGCGUGCGAUACGAACAUGACUUUAUUAAUUAAAGUACUCAAUACAAAACAACAAACAAUGACGAAUCGUGAAGUCCUCAGUUACAAUGACUGAUACGGAACAAAAACCCACAAACACAAGGUGAAAACAGACAGUAUAAAUAUGGCUCCCAAUCAGAGACAACGAGCCAAACAGCUGACACUCGUUACCUCUGAUUGGGAGUCACUCAUCCAAACAAAGAAAUACAACCACAUAGAACAACCCAACCAAACAGAACACAACGAAACGAACACACCCUGGCUCAACAUACAAAGUCCCGGAGCCAGAGCGUGACAGUACCCCCCCCUAAAGGCGCGGACUGCGACCGCGCCUCAAUAAGGGCUAAACAAGGGAGGGCUGGGUGGGCAUACCUCCUCGGCGGUGGUUCUGGCUCCGGCCCUGAUCCCCACCUCCUCUCCAACCCCCCAAAGUACCCCUGGUCCUGUCUAGCCCCGCUGGUCGGAGCCGGACUGACGACACGCGCCCCUGGCUUGGUGCGUGGAACAGGAACGGGCCUCACCGGACUGACGACUCCAUUCCCUGGUUUGGUGCGAGUAGCAGGAACGAGCUGGACCAGGCUGACGACUCGCAUCCCUGGUUUGGUGCGAGUAGCAGGAACGGGCUGGACCAGGCUGACGCCUCGCACCCCUGGCUUGGUGCGAGUAGCAGGAACGGGUUGGACCAGGCUGGCGACUCGCACCCCUGGUUUGGUGCGAGUGGCAGGAACAGGCCGGGUCGGGCUGGCGACGCACACCGUAGGCUUUGUGCGUGGAGCAGGGACAGGCCGGGCUGGGCUGGCGACGCACACCGUAGGCUUUGUGCGUGGAGCAGGAACAGGCCGGGCUGGGCUGGCGACGCACACCGUAGGCUUUGUGCGUGGAGCAGGAACAGGCCGGGCUGGACUGGCAACGCACACCGUAGGCUUUGUGCGUGGAGUAGGGACAGGCCGGGCUGGACUGGCGACGCACCUCGUAGGCUUGGUGCGUGGAGCAGGGACAGGCCGGGCUGGGCUGUCGACGCACACCACUGACUUGGUGGGAAUGGCAGGAACCGGCCGGGCUGGGCUGACGACGUGCACCACUGACUUGGUGGGAAUGGCAGGAACAGGCCGGGCUGGGCUGACGACGCGCACCACUGACUUGGUGGGAAUGGCAGGAACAGGCCGGGCCGGGCUGUCGACGCACACCACAGACUUGGUGGGAAUGGCAGGAACAGGCCGGGCUGGGCUGACGACGCGCACCACUGCCUUGGUGGGAAUGGCAGGAACAGGCCGGACCGUACUGGGGACACACACCACUGGCCCCACGCAGGGAUCAGGAACGGGCCGGACCGGACUGGUAACACACCCCAGUACCUCUCGCCGUGCCUCCACACUUUCCCUCUCCUCUGUGCCCAGUGGCCCCCCCUAACCUGGCGGCCUUCUCUGCCAACGCUUUGCACCGCUCUAACCCGUACACCUGCUGCCCCGACGUCGUGAGCCCCCCCCUAAAAAUUUCCUGGGGGUCUCUCCUCCCCGUGGCCCAGGCCUCUCUCCCUCUUGCCAGACUCGCAAUCAUCUCCUCCCACGUCCAUCCUCUCUCCUCGUCAUGCUGCUUGAUCUGGUUAAGGUGGGUUUUUCUGUCACGAACGUCUAUUAAGUGAGUGGACCAAGGCGCAGCGUGCGAUACGAACAUGACUUUAUUAAUUAAAGUACUCAAUACAAAACAACAAACAAUGACGAAUCGUGAAGUCCUCAGUUACAAUGACUGAUAUGGAACAAAAACCCACAAACACAAGGUGAAAACAGACAGUAUAAAUAUGGCUCCCAAUCAGAGACAACGAGCCAAACAGCUGACACUCGUUACCUCUGAUUGGGAGUCACUCAUCCAAACAAAGAAAUACAACCACAUAGAACAACCCAACCAAACAGAACACAACGAAACGAACACACCCUGGCUCAACAUACAAAGUCCCGGAGCCAGAGCGUGACACUCUGAUUAAUGCCCUCCUUGCCUGGUCCGUGAGUUUUGGUGGGCGGCCCUCUCUUGGCAGGUUUGUUGUGGUGCCAUAUUCUUUCAAUUUUUUUAUAAUGGAUUUAAUGGUGCUCCGUGGGAUGUUCAAAGUUUAGGAUAUUUAUUUAUAAUCCAACCCUGAUCUGUACAUCUCCACAACUUUGUCCCUGACCUGUUUGGAGAGCUCCUUGGUCUUCAUGGUGCCGCUUGCUUGGUGGUGCCCCUUCCUUAGUGGUGUUGCAGACUCUGGGCCCUUUCAGAACAGGUGUGUGUGUGUAUAUAUCCUGAGAUCAUGUGACACUUAGAUUGCACACAGGUGGACUUUAUUUAACUAAUUAUGUGACUUCUGAAGGUAAUUGGUUGCACCAGAUCUUAUUUAGGGGCUUCAAAGCAAAUACAUAUGCACGCACCCCUUUUCCGUUUAAGUAAUUUUUUUCACUUCACCAAUUUGGAGUAUUUUGUGUAUGUCCAUUACUUGAAAUCCAAAUAAAAAUCAAUUUAAAUGACAGGUUGUAAUGCAACAAAAUAGGAAAAAUGCCAAGGGGGAUGAAUACUUUUGCAAGGCACUGUAUCUUUAUGAUUCUGGAUAUAUCUUUAUGAUACUGAAUAUAUCUUUAUGAUGCUGUAAUAUAUCUUUAUGAGGAUGUAUCUUUAUGAUGCUGAUGCUGGAUAUUUGUGUAUUUGUUCAGGAGGUGCAACAGCUGGAUCUGUUUGGAGACAUGUCCACCCCUCCAGACAUACAUUCUCCUACAGUAAGUUGGCCUGUUGCUGUGGGGUGGGGCUCACUGGAUGUGCACAGUGCACACAUAUAAUAUAGAACCCCUCGUCAAGGUUUCUGGAAACAUUUCAUACUGCAUUCAUAAGGAGAUUUACCAAAUGAUGGCACUGGGGAAAUGUUAAUAACACAAACACACUUUAGAAAUGGGUAUAAUAAGGCAGUGGUUGACGGUUGAUAUGCUCAUACAUUUGUAAUUCCAUUUUUGGACAGUACGGACAACAUGAACACAUGACCUUGCUUCUAUUUUAUUUUUGGAGGCUUUUUGCCCAUUCUUAUUCCUAACAAGGAUCUUUUCCCCAAUUUAUAAUCAGGGGGCUUUGACAACUCAAGCUCUGGUAAAGUUCCUCUCAGGCUCUAGCUAGCUCAGUCUUGCCCGUUGUCAAAGAUGUCUGUUUCGUUCUGCAUUGUGGCAGUGUCUCAGUCUCUCGCCCCAAAACAUAGCUUUACUGCAUAACUUCAGUUUCCACCAAUCAUACACUGCUCAAAAAAAUAAAGGGAACACUAAAAUAACACCUCCUAGAUCUGAAUGAAUUAAAUAAUCUUAUUAAAUACUUUUUUCUUUACAUAGUUGAAUGUGCUGACAACAAAAUCACACAAAAAUGAUCAAUGGAAAUCAAAUGUAUCAACCCAUGGAGGUCUGGAUUUGGAGUCACCCUCAAAAUUAAAGUGGAAAACCACACUACAGGCUGAUCCAACAUUGAUGUAAUGUCCUUAAAACAAGUCAAAAUGAGGCUCAGUAGUGUGUGUGGCCUCCACAUGCCUGUAUGACCUCCCUACAACGCCUGGGCAUGCUCCUGAUGAGGUGGCGGAUGGUCUCCUGAGGGAUCUCCUCCCAGACCUGGACUAAAGCAUCCGCCAACUCCUGGACAGUCUGUGGUGCAAUGUGGCGUUGGUGGAUGGAGCGAGACAUGAUGUCCCAGAUGUGCUCAAUUGGAUUCAGGUCUGGGGAACGGGCGGGCCAGUCCAUAGCAUCAAUGCCUUCCUCUUGCAGGAACUGCUGACACACUCCAGCCACAUGAGGUCUAGCAUUGUCUUGCAUUAGGAGGAACCCAGGGCCAACCGCACCAGCAUAUGGUCUCACAAGGGGUCUGAGGAUCUCAUCUCGGUACCUAAUGGCAGUCAGGCUACCUCUGGCGAGCACAUGGAGGGCUGUGCGGCCCCCCAAAGAAAUGCCACCCCACACCAUGACUGACCCACCACCAAACCGGUCAUGCUGGUGUGCAUGACCAAACCGGUCAUGCAUGAUGUUGCAGGCAGCAGAACGUUCUCCACGGCGUCUCCAGACUCUGUCACGUGCUCAGUGUGAACCUGCUUUCAUCUGUGAAGAGCACAGGGCGCCAGUGGCGAAUUUGCCAAUCUUGGUGUUCUCUGGCAAAUGCCAAACGUCCUGCACGGUGUUGGGCUGUAAGCACAACCCCCACCUGUGGACGUCGGGCCCUCAUACCACCCUCAUGGAGUCUGUUUCUGACCGUUUGAGCAGACGCAUGCACAUUUGUGGCCUGCUGGAGGUCAUUUUGCAGGGCUCUGGCAGUGCUCCUCCUGCUCCUCCUUGCACAAAGGCGGAGGUAGCAGUCCUGCUGCUGGGUUGUUGCCCUUCUACGGCCUCCUCCACGUCUCCUGGUGAACUGGCCUGUCUCCUGGUAGCGCCUCCAUGCUCUGGACACUACGCUGACAGACACAGCAAACCUUCUUGCCACAGCUCGCAUUGAUGUGCCAUCCUGGAUGAGCUACACUACCUGAGCCACUUGUGUGGGUUGUAGACUCCGUCUCAUGCUACCACUAGAGUGAAAGCACCGCCAGCAUUCAAAAGUGACCAAAACAUCAGCCAGGAAGCAUAGGAACUGAGAAGUGGUCUGUGGUCACCACCUGCAAAACCAGUCCUUUAUUGGGGGUGUCUUGCUAAUUGCCUAUAAUUUCCACCUGUUGUCUAUUCCAUUUGCACAACAGCAUGUGAAAUGUAUUGUCAAUCAGUGUUGCUUCCUAAGUGGAGAGUUUGAUUUCACAGAAGUGUGAUUGACUUGGAGUUACAUUGUGUUGUUUAAGUGUUCCCUUUAUUUUUUUGAGCAGUGUAUUAUCCCACACAUCAUACAGGGCUCUCAAACUCAACUCUGUAAAGGUCUGUAAUCUGUAUGCUUAUUGUCUCCUGGAUAUAUCUCAAAUGUCAACACGUCAAAUAUGGUUGUAAAUCAUCAGACGGACAAAAAAGCACUGCCAUUACAAAGCACAUUCCUAGAGUUGAGUUUCUGAUUCCUGUUUAAAUGUUUAUUGGUCCGUCGUCAACACUUGCUUCAACAAUCAUAAACUGUCUUGUCAUGUCAUUAUGUGAUUAAUUUAGCUGUGUUAACAGUUGCUUCUCUCUUCCAGCACAACUGAUUUCUCUCUCUCUCUCUCGCUCUUUUUAUUUAUUUAUUUAUUUAUUUAUUUGUUUUCCUCCCUUGAUAACCAGGAGACUAAUGAAAUGCUAUUGCUGGAUCUGUCCACUGAGGUUGACAGCAAUCAGAACUGUAUAAAAGGAAAUCCCUUCACUUCCUAUGCCUCUAACCCUUGGGGCACCCCCCAAACAGAGAACCCCUUCUCCUCCACAUUUGGCUUCUUUCCAACCCCAGACACUGACCCUUUCAGUGACGACCCCCUUGCCCAAUCGGCACCCCCCAAUUCUCUGAUCUCAGCACCCUCCACCAAUCACAGCCAAGAGAGCUCUGUUGACAUCUUGGGCAGGCCAAUCAUGAACGGCAGUAGUCUUAAUGGAGACUCUGACUACUUCAGUCAGCAGUUGAAUGGGUUGUCCAAUAAGAACAUGAUCCUGGCUCUCAGUAAUGGCCUGUGGCCACUAGGGGGUGUGAUGUCCGAGUGCAGGGUCCCUGUUCCUCUCCAGAACGGUUUGGGACCUGUGUCCUCACCACAGAACCCCUUUCUCGACAUAUCUGGGAAAAGCCCGCCCCUCUGUAACGGUGUGAUGUUCGAUCCCCCCGCACCCAUGGGUCAUAGCAAGGACGGUUCGGUAGUGAUAAGCCUCCCUCCAAAGAACACUAAGGCUGGACGAGGUCGGAGGAGUGCCAAGGUGAAGCUCCAUAAUGAAGCUCUGAUGUUGCUGCAUGUCUGAGAAUGAGUCUCUGUCUGCACACCACCUCCCCAAAUCAUAAUUGGUUUUCUAACAACAACCCCCUUUCACAGCACUGGGAUACCAUACCACUAUACUCUAUUCCUCAAGGGUAACAGGUUGCAUUGCACUUGGUUUUGUCUCUACCAACAUGGUUUUCGUAUAAGCAUAUUAGGGUUGGUGGUGUGUUGGUUUUGUCUCUGGGUUUCUAACAUGGCUAACUGCAUGGUGGUGCUCACAUGGCUUGUGUCCCAGGGCAGAUUAACAACCUCUCUCUGCUAGACCGUAAACACUAUCUAUUCAUAUGUUCCUUGUCCUAACAUUCAUGCUUCAGUGAGGUGUGGAGGUAAGUGUUGGUAUUUGUGUCUUUAAGUAUUGUUAGAAAUUGUUUUUUUAAAAUAAUUGUGAAUACAGUAUAUAAGUCAGAUAAUUUAGUUUUUUUUCCGUAAGCAUCCAUACAAUAAACCUUGUCAUUAAUUCUGUGCUUACCACAGUUUUCUCUGUGUUUACUGGCCCUCAAUUAAUAGUCAAUCAUUGUUCAUUAUUUGGUUGAAUAAUCUGACAUUUCACUGCCAGUCUCCUCCUACUGAUGACCUAUUUGGGGCUGACGUGUUUGCUGCCUCCAGUCAGCCUGACAGCUCGUCUGCCUCCGAUGACCUCUUCAGUCCCACCUCCUCCAUAGCAGCUCUGGGUAAGACUAGUGUUGCCAUUGGCUCAAAAUUAUGUUACCCAUGCAUGUUAGUUCUGUGGUAAAAUCUGCAUCUGUAGCUGUGUGGCUCCAGCAACUAUGUUUAAUGUGUAAUCAGGCUAGAGCAGUAGGCCCUACGGCAUGGCUCAGCUGGACUCAGCUCAGUAGAGUGCAUACUAGCUAGUGUGUUAGAUUCUGUUGAUUUGUAGCCAGUAGGCUACCUACUGCACCCAAACCUAAAGACAUCUCUACCCUGUUCUCCCUCCAGGAGCGUUGCAGUUGGGUCCCCCUUCAGUCACCAUCCCUCGGACCGCCCCGUCACCAUGGGGAGCCCCAGCCUCUUCCAUGUUCACCAUGCCAGGAGGGGUCACACUCCCCAACCCCCAGCCCACCUUCCCCCAGCCAUCUGCCUUCGGUGCCCUGCCCAUACCCCCUGCCCCCUGGGGCCAGCAGGCGCCAUCCCCGUAUGGGGCCCCGCCGGUCACCCAGGCUUGGGGACAGCCUGCCCCUGCAGGGCCCAUGGGUGCACCAGGUUGGGGCCAGCCUCCCAUGGCUAACCCCUUCCAGCCCGGGCCUUACGUCAUGAUGGGAGGCCCUCCGCAGGGUAUGCCGCAGGGUCCACCGCGGCCCCCACCCCGGCCGCCAGUAAAGGAGACCCCAGCUAAGGUGGAACCUAGUGCCUUCAUGGCUCUGGACCCCCUGGGAGGGGAGAAGGAGAAGAAGAGUGGGAAGGACAUGUUCAAGGACUUCCAGAUCGCCAAGCCUCCAGCCAUCCCGGCCAGGAAAGGAGAGCAGGCACCCGGUUCCGCCGCACCAAGCACCAAUGGAGAUGGGGCGUUUGCACAGUACUUCUCCAGCAAAGUGGGCGUGCCCCAGGAGGUUGCGGAUCACGACGACUUUGAAAUUCAGAGUCGGAUUUCAGCGGUUGGCAAUGGUAAUGGCAGUUAUUUUGAAUUUUAAAUUCCCAUCAAUUGAUUUGGAGAGUAUACAUGCAUUUUAAUCCACCUGAUUACCCCCUUUCUUCCCUGUCUGUUUCUAGACCCACCCAAACCAGCCCCACGGCACUCUGCACCCAUCAUGUCUCCUGCAGCGGCCCCCGGGCCAGGGCUCCUGGAUGCAUUUGCCCCUACUCCAGCCACAGGCCUUGCUCCAGCAGCAGCAGCAGGUCUCAACCAGAAUCUAUUUGAUGACGCAUUUGGCGCUGCAACUCCUAAUGCCUUUGGAGCACCACUUCUAGCUACGGUAUGGAUGUACACGCAUAUACAAACAUAAGGGAAUUCAUCCUAUCAACGUUCAAUCAAUUGAUUGUGACGUAAUGCUUUGUAUCAUUAUAAAACCUUCAUAUUUUCCCUUAUUGUUAUGACGGGACACUCCUGUUGCCCAGACCACUGGUGGCUCGGAUCCCUUCGGAGACCCCUUUGGAAACCCCUUUGCCUGA